AAAUCACAGGUGGUUAAAUCCGGGGUUUUCAAACAUGCGCAGACUGAAUUCUAUGGACUUAGCCGUUUCAGCACAAAUUGCUUCGCCAUAAAACGUGGACCCUGAUUGAAAAAUACUAUCUGCGUAAUGGAAUCUCCGAUGGAGACUGAACAACCUGGAAUGCUUGAGGGUGCUGGUGAUUUUGUUGAGAGCCAACAAAGCGUUGCUGAAAUGAAAGCUAAAUUACAUGAAGAUUCCAGCAGUGUGAACCAUAUUGAUGAGUCGAAACAGAAUGGACAUUUGAGCAACCAUAACUCUUCUAGGAAAAGUGAAGGACACCAUAGUUCCUCUGGGUCAAAGCAUUCCUCAUCCCAUAGUUCGUCAAAGCAUAAAGAUGGUUCAAGCUCCAGUAAGCACAGCAGCAGCAGCAAACACAAAGAUGGGAGUUCUUCUAGUAGCAAGCAUCGUGAUGGACAUAGCUCAAGUAGUAGCAAAAGCAAGGAAGGGAGCUCAUCAAGCUCUUCAAAUAAACAUAGUAGCAGCAGCUCUAGUAGUAAACAUAAGGAAGGGGGCAGUAGUAGCUCAAGUAGUAAGCAUAGGGAAGGACACAGCUCAAGCUCCAGUCAUUCCAAGGACAAGUCACAGAGCUCAUCAUCUAGUUCUAGCAAAGAUAAAAAAGAAAGUUCUAGUAAGUCAAGUAGCAGUUCAAGUGACAAACACAAAUCCGGAAGUAGUUCUGGUGAUAAACAUAAGUCAAGUAGCAGUUCUGGUGACAAGCACAAGUCAAGUAGCAGUUCUGGUGACAAGCACAAGUCAAGUAGUAGCUCAGGUGACAAGCAUAGAUCAAGCAGUAGCUCUGCUGAAAAACAUAGGGAUGGUUCCCCUAGCAAACACAAGGAGCAUAGAGAGAAAGAAAGACAAAAAGAAGAUAAAGAGAACAGAGUAGAGAGGAAGAAAGAAUAUGAUAAUAUCAAAGAAGAACCCAAUGAGGACAUCCAGAAAGAGACUAUGGAAGUAGAUAUCAAAAGUGAACCAGCAUCCCCUGUAAAGAUGUCUCCAACUAAAGCUCCAAAGGAAGAAACAUUGAGUGAUGAUGAUGAAGAUAUAGAUGUAGAUGAUGUACCUUUGUCUAAAAGAAUAAAACAAGAGAAGCCAGUAAAGAGAGAACAACCUGAAUCUGACGAUGAAGAUGAUCAGCCACUUUCAGCCAGAAUGGAAAGUGCAAAGAAAGUAAAGAAAGAAAAAGAUUCUAAAAAACCAAAGAAAAGGAAAUCCUCUAAUUAUGAUGAUGACUCAGAGGAGGAGAAACCAUUGAAAAAGAAAAAGAAAGUAAAAAAUGUAGUUAAACAAGAAGUUACAUCUCCAAAAAAGAAAAAGAAGAAAGGGGAAGAGGAAAAGCAGGAGGUUUGGAAAUGGUGGGAGGAGGAGAGAAGAGCAGAUGGUGUUAAAUGGAACUUUUUGGAACACAAAGGAGUUGUAUUUGCACCUGAAUAUGAACCUCUGCCUGAUGAUGUUCACUUUUAUUAUGAUGGAAAGCCUAUGAAGCUAAGUGAAGAAGCAGAAGAAGUAGCUACAUUUUAUGGUAGAAUGUUAGAUCAUGACUACACAACCAGGGACGUCUUCAAUAAAAACUUCAUGAAGGAUUGGACAAAGGUUAUGACAUCUAAAGAAAAAGAAAAACUCCGAGACUUGAAAAAGUGUGAUUUCAAGGAGAUUGAUGCUUACUUUAAAAGGAAAACUGAGGAGAGAAAAGCUAUGACUAAGGAAGAAAAACUGGUGAUAAAAAAGAGAAAUGAAGAAAUUCUAUUAGAAUAUGGUACAUGUACUAUGGAUGGACACAAGGAAAAGAUAGGUAAUUUCAGAAUAGAACCUCCAAGUCUAUUCAGAGGUCGUGGUGACCAUCCAAAACAGGGCAUGUUAAAGAAAAGAGUUUUGCCACGAGAUGUCAUCAUUAAUUGCAGCAAGAACUCUGAAAUACCAAAACCACCUCCAGGGCAUAAGUGGAAAGAAGUUAGACAUGACAAUACUGUGUCAUGGUUGGCUAGCUGGACUGAAAGUAUUCAAGGGCAAACUAAAUAUGUCAUGUUAAAUGCAGCAUCUAGACUCAAGGGAGAAAAAGAUUGGCAGAAAUAUGAAACUGCCAGAAACUUGUACAAAUGUGUUGACCAGAUAAGGGAGGGAUAUAGAAACGACUGGAAAUCUAAAGAGAUGAGAAUCAGACAGAGAUCUGUAGCUAUGUAUUUUAUUGAUAAGCUUGCCCUGAGAGCUGGUAAUGAAAAGGAAGAAGGAGAAACAGCAGACACUGUAGGUUGCUGUUCACUUCGUGUAGAACAUCUAAAACUCCAUGAGAAAUAUGAUGAUCAAGAAUUUGUGGUGGAGUUUGACUUCCUUGGUAAAGAUUCCAUCAGAUACUAUAACAGAUUACCAAUAGAAAAGAGAGUGUUCAAGAAUUUGUCAUUGUUCAUGGAGAACAAACAGCCAGGAGAUGAUAUAUUUGACAGAUUAAAUACUGGAAUUCUAAACAAACAUUUACAUGACUUGAUGGACGGUUUGACAGCCAAAGUCUUCCGUACUUUCAAUGCUUCUAAAACAUUACAAGAACAGCUGAAAUUGUUGACAGAUCCUGAUGAUCCUAUUCCUGCUAAAUUACUGUCAUAUAACAGAGCUAACAGAGCUGUGGCUGUAUUGUGUAACCAUCAACGUGCAGCACCUAAAAACUUUGACAAACAAAUGGAAAACAUGCAGAAUAAGAUUACUGCCAAGAAAGAUGCCAUCAAAGAAGCUAAGAAAGGAGUGAAAGAUGCUAAGGCUGAUUAUAAAGCCAUGAAAUCUGAAAAGGCUAAACAAAAUAUAGAGAAAAAGAAAAAGACAGUUGAAAGAUUAGAAGAACAAUUAACUAAAUUGGAAGUGCAGGCUACAGAUAAGGACGAGAACAAAGAAAUAGCCUUAGGCACUUCCAAACUGAAUUAUUUGGACCCCAGAAUCUCAGUGGCCUGGUGCAAAAAGUGGGAAGUUCCUAUAGAGAAAGUUUACAAUAAGACCCAGAGAGAUAAGUUCCGAUGGGCAAUAGACAUGGCAGAUGAAACAUUUGAAUUUUGAUGAUAGUCCACAUUAGAAUGCAAUGUCUACAUAAUCUUUCAAAGUUAAACAGGUAUCCAGUAACUUGUGUUCUUCGCUAAACCAAC